UUCCUUAUUAUUUCAUCUUCAAUUCAAACAGCCACAAUGGUGGUGGGAAUGCCAAUUACCAUGCAAGCAGGAAGCUCCGGUUACCUCGAGAUGCAUCCUGAUCGCAAAAUUUCCAUGUUCCAAAACCCUUACAUUCUUGGAACCACAUUUGCCGCCGGAAUUGGUGGUCUUCUAUUUGGCUACGAUACAGGUGUGAUAUCUGGUGCACUUUUGUAUAUAAAAGAGGAUUUUGAGAUGGUGAGGAUUAGUAGCUUUAUUCAAGAGUUAAUUGUUGGGAUGGCGUUGUUGGGGGCAAUAUUCGGUGCUGCCAUGGGGGGUGUGAUUAACGAUGCUUGGGGGCGUAAAACAGCAACUAUUAUUGCAGACAUAAACUUCAUAGUUGGAUCACUUAUAAUGGCAGCAGCCCCAAAUCCAUAUGUAAUAAUAGCGGGUCGGUUACUUGUUGGUUUGGGUGUGGGUAUGGCAUCUGUUACUGCACCUGUUUAUAUAGCUGAAGCAUCUCCAACUGAAAUUAGAGGUGGAUUAGUUAGUGCUAAUACACUUAUGGUUACUGGUGGACAGUUUCUUUCUUUUGUUGUCAAUUAUGGUUUGACAAGAGUUCCUGGGACAUGGCGAUGGAUGCUUGCUCUUGCUGGUACCCCUGCUGUUGUUCAACUUCUUCUCAUGUCUUUUCUCCCUGAAUCCCCUAGAUGGCUUUACAUGAAGAAUAGGAAAGAAGAAGCCACUCUUGUACUUUCUAAGAUAUACUCAUCGCCUAGAUUGGAAGACGAGAUCCAAAUUUUGGAAGAUAACUUGGAGAAAGAAAGCAAGAGACAAGUGAAAGUUCAAUACACUGAUGUUUUCAAGUUUAAAGAAAUCAGACUGGCAUUCAUUUGUGGUGCUGGACUUCAAGCAUUUCAACAGUUUGCUGGUAUCAGCAUUGUGAUGUAUUACAGUCCUACAAUCAUUCAGAUGGCUGGAUUCAAAUCCAAUCAAGCGGCUCUCUUUCUUUCACUUUUUGUCUCUGGUAUGAAUGCUGCAGGAACGGUUCUUGGUAUUUACCUUGUCGAUCAUUUGGGGAGGAAAAAGCUUGCUCUUGCUAGUUUAUCAGGUGUCGUUGGAGCAUUGACACUUCUGUCUGCAGCAUGUUAUAUUAUUGGACAGGGUAACACAAAUCACUUGUUUGGUUGGCUUGCUGUUUUCGGAUUGGCCUUGUAUAUUGCUUAA